AGAAAGAAAAUACAAAAAGAAAAGGAGUAUGGAGAAAGAAAGAAGACGGUAAUUGGGAAUGAGGAGAGAGAGACAGACAGAGGCGCGUCCACAAAGGCAACAUGUACUACUUUUUCUUGGCCAUUGAUAUAGCGGCAGCCAGCGAAAAUCUCCCAUUCCCAGCAUCGUCUUCUUCUUCUUCUCCUUCUGGUCUUUUUCUACUACGGAGAAAGAGAAACUGAUACACCCACUCGCCCAUCGAUCUCUUUCUGUCUUCUUCUCUGGGUGUUGUAUGUAAUAUAUCAAUGCCUGCACAGAAGCGUUCUUUGCCAGAGAGCCUCAGCGACAGCGAUGAUGAAGACCCAACACAUAUCCACCACCACCAACGAGCCAAGCAAUCUCGAGCUCAAGAUGAAUACCAACUACUGCAAGAAGAAGAAAAAGUAGUAGCAGUAGAGGAAAAUGAAGAAAAUGGAGAAGAAGAAGAAGAAGAAGAGGAGGAGGAGGAACACGAUCGAGAUGAAGCUGGCGAUUCUGAGGGAAGCCCAUCUUCUACUUCUGAAGAAAAACCCGAAUUUUUAUUCGUACAACUGCCAGAAAUUCGUAAAGAUGUACACUGUCCAAUAUGUCUUGGGAUUAUUAAAAAAACAAGGACUGUAAUGGAAUGCCUACACAGGUUUUGCAGGGAGUGUAUAGACAAGUCAAUGCGGAUGGGGAACAAUGAGUGCCCCGCUUGCCGCACACACUGUGCCAGUCGACGUUCUUUGAGAGAUGAUCCAAAUUAUGAUGCCCUAAUAGCAGCUUUAUAUCCAGAUAUUGAGAAAUACGAGGAGGAGGAAUUGGCUUUCCAUGAAGAAGAGAGGACUCGAAACGAGCAGAUCCAAGCAUCAAUUGCCCAAAUUUUUCAACGACAAUCAGAAGCUCUAAUCAGGAGACGCACAUUUGGAAAAGAUACACCGGAUGCAUUUAUUACGAGAUCGCAGCGCAAUAAUCGGAGUUCCUUUUUAAGGAGACGGAGCUCUCGAGCCACUGAAAUCCAAGGAUCUGUAGACAAUGAGGAUGAAAAUGACAAUAAUAACAUGGGCAAAAAUUCAUCUUCCACUGAUGAGCGACGUACUGAAGUUACUCCAAGACGGCUGAGGAGACGAGCAGGAUCUCGAUGCUCUCAGCCUUCUUCAUCACUGGCCAAUUCAAGUGGCGGAUGCACUGAAAAUGAUUUAGAAGUAAACCGAGAGAACCGCGGAAUUUCUCCUGGUAUUGUGUGGAGCUCUGAAAUGCUUGCUUGGGGGCGGGGUGGUGCUCGAAGUCACACACGGCAUGGCAUUUCUAGUGGUUGCAGCAAUAAGAAUUCUCGAAGCACUCGCUUAUCAAAGUUGGUUGAUUAUCUCCGGAGCAUAGAGGAAAACAAUGAUGAGUUAGAUGUUCAUCUCAUGCUUAUUUCUUUGGAUAAAAGAUGUACACCAAGUUUGCAGCAGCCACACCUAUGCUGUCGGCCAAGUUUGUCAGUCAAGCACCUUUGUGAUUAUGUAUCUCGCCAGACGCCUUUGCUGGCAGAAGAAGUUGAAUUUUUGGCAGUCAAAGGGUAUCACAGUUCCAAUGACGAGAAGUUGACCCUGAACCCUUCAUCCUUAAUGAAUGAUCUAGAUUCUGCACCCCUUCUAGUUGAUCCAUGCAGAUAUGACCUGCAAAUUCUGCAAGCAGAAGAAACUUUGGGAGGGGUUAAAGCCAUUUGCACUUCCAGCAGGGACCAUUUGAUUCUAGCAUACAGACGGAAGGAGAUUUAGUUAGGAAAUUUCAGACUUGCCAACUAAAUUCGUACGAGAAGAUUGUUGUAUCUGGCUGUUGAUAAAAGAGUUACUGUAAAUCGAUGUAGUAAAAAGAUAGAUACCGGGAUGCAUUGAUCCCCAAUUCAGACAUUGUUGUAUUCUUGAUGUUGUAAACACGUUUCUAUUGUUUGUGUAAUUUGAUGAUGUUAAUUUUUCUGGCUUCAUUUUAGCAGAAA